UGAACACAACACAGUGACAUAUUAUCAGAGUGUCUCGCUUUCAAAGCUUUUUUCGACUUUGACGCGAGCAUGCCCAGCUAGCCAUGGCAUGCUAAAGUUGAGCUGUUAGCCAAAUGAACCACUUGUUGAAUCAUCAUUGGGAAAAUUCUGUGUGUGUAUAUAUAUAGUUGGAGAGGGUGAAAAAAAUGCUGCUUUUCUUCCUAAAACUGACAAAUGUUUGAUCAUCACACAGACAAUGGGGGAUGUGAAGACCCCAGACUUUGAUGAUUUGCUGGCAGCGUUCGAUAUUCCUGACAUUGAUGCCAUCCAGUCGAGUCAAAAAGAAGACGAGGUGUCUGCUCAUGAAAGAAAAACUUCAUCUUCCUUCUCAGGCUCACCUACCUCGUACACAGAGCCUCCUGCUGUCAGUGUUAUAGUGAUGAACACUGUGCGGCCCUGUGAAGAUGAUGAUGGAGGACAAAAAGGAAAUCCCACAAAUACUCUUUUAGACUCACCUCUCAAGACGGAUGACACCACGUCUGCUGGCCAUAUUUCCAAUGGCUUUAAUGGGUCUGCUACUCGUGACCAGCAAGAAUCCAGUACAGCACCAUGGCGGCAAUUGAACGAUGACGAUGAGCAGAAUGUGAUGGAGGUAGGAUCGGUCAGGAAUGAGAUUGAAGAUGUGAUCAGUUCGAAGACCCGUUCGCAGCUGGAUUCCACUGAGUUAUCCAUUCACUCUUCUCUGCAGUCAAGUUUUCCUCAUAAGGAGGAACUGCACCUUCCCCAUUCGCCGUCUUCCCCUUUGCCACAGAACGGGAGUGUUUGCAAAAAGAAUGUCACGCACUUGGACGAGGACGACUCGGAACCAGACUUGGGAAGUCCGCUCGUGAUCCAUGAAAGCCCAGAAUUUAUCAUGCCGUCGCCUCCAAAGUUGAAACACAGCAUAAGACAUCAAUCUGAGCUGUGCAUCUCCCCUGAGACCACCUUGAGCACUCUUCCCCAUUCUUCUAGCAGUGUCUCUCUUGAAGCAUUGACUGAGCAGGAGCGCAAGCCCUUUUCCCUUUCUGCUGCACCGUUCCCGGGCCCACAGAACUGUCACAUAGCGCCCGUGCAAGAAGAAAAAUACCCCGAGCAUGUGAUUGAUGAGCGGGACUCGCCAGAGAGUCCACCACCCAGUGAGACGGGGCUCGCGUUUCCCCCAAAAAGUCCUGAGUCGGGAAAGGAGACUAUGGACAAUGAGCCACGCCAGAAUGACACACCUAAUCAUAAUGGAAAGACAGUCGGAGAUGGUCAAACUGUAAAUGAGACAGCUUCUAAUAAUGUGUCACCAAAAACAGUUCCAUCUGACUUGUUGCCCCUCAAAGUUAAAAUCAAAGUCCCUGCAGGGAGUUUAACCAAGACAACAAUUAAGAGAGAUCAAAGAGCAAAUUCUAAAGGUGCAAAAUCUUCCUCACAGGCUCACAAUACAAGGUCAAAGAGGGGGGGCUCCUACCCGUCUCUUGCAGGGCUUCCAGAAAUGACACUCAAAGAAAAACGCUCAGUGGCCGUCAAAGCUAAAGCCUCCCCAACAGUCGUCAGCAUCGCCAAAACCGCAUCUCUUCCUUCCAUGACGGCCUCAACGACCAGACCUGGUGGCGUCAACCUGCGCUGCCUAGGUCACAAAACUCUCCAGAGUUCACCUCAGGGCAACAGCCGACCUGCCUCUAUAGUGAACAGCGGCGGGGCCAUCAUAUCCAAGAGCCAGACCAACUUGGUGGCAAGCUUCAACAAGAUUCUCACCAAUAAGAACCUGCUUCCCAGCUAUAAGCCUGACCUGAGCUCACCACCUCCUGCUGAGUGGGGCCUCCCCCUGCCUGCUCAGGGUUACCGGUGUCUGGAGUGCGGCGACGCCUUCGCCCUGGAGCAGAGUCUGGCCCGCCACUACGAUCGGCGCUCGCUGCGCAUCGAAGUGACGUGUAACCACUGCGCCAAGAGGCUUGCCUUCUACAACAAGUGUAGCCUGCUAUUACAUGCCCGGGAGCACAAGGAGCGAGGUCUGAUUAUGCAGUGCUCUCAUCUGGUCAUGAAACCUGUGCCUUUGGAGCAGAUGAUAAGCCAGAAUGAACUCAAUGGACAGUCCACACUCCAAACCAGAGCGCAGCCACAUCAAGUGACCUCUAACAAGAAGACAGAUGCAGUGCAGCACGUUGGUAAUAAAUGUACAGAAUGUCAAACUCAGUUCAGCAGCAAAAAGGAGGUGGUCCAGCAUUUCCAGGAAAUCAAACAGGCUGAAAGCACACCAUGCAUGGAAUGCUCCCCUCCUAUGCUGCUGCCCAAUGCCUGCAGUGCAGCGGCUCAUCAGCGUAUCCAUCAAGGUAGCCUUCCUUGUGUCUGCCCCGAGUGUGGGGGGACAGCCAAGCAGGCGCUCUUUCAAGAACAUUUGGAUCACGCUUGUUUGCACUUUUCACGACGGAUUGGGUACAGAUGUUCCAGUUGCCUGGUGGUGUUUGGAGGGCUGAACUCAGUCAAAGGUCACAUCCAACAGGCCCACUGUGAUAUUUUCCACAAGUGCCCCACCUGUCCCAUGGCAUUCAAAUCCGCAGCCAGUGUACAAAGUCACAUCAGCACGCAGCAUCCCGCGUUAACUGAGGCGCAGGCCAUGUUGAUCUACAAAUGUGUGAUGUGUGAUACAGUUUUCACUCACAAGUCCCUGCUUUACGUCCACUUUGAGACACACUUGACCAAUCAAAAGGUUCAUGUGUAUAAAUGUCCAGAGUGCACCAAGAUGUUUCAUCAGAGAAGUGUACUAAUGGAACAUUUCAAAAGCCACAAUUCAUCCAAGCAAGAGUUAGCCUCCACUCCAGCUGUUGUUUCUUCGGGUCCUAAGCCUGGAGUCAAACAAGAGAGUUCAGAUGGGGAAGACGGCAUGGAGGAAGUUAAUACGGCCACAACAAGCGCCACCACAGGAUGGAAGUGCGUUCACUGCCACGAAUGCUAUGCUGACUCUGAAAAGUUUGUCACCCACAUGGCGAAACAACACGGCAAGGUCUUGAAGAGCUUUCCUUGCAACAAAUGUGAGAGCUCUUUCUCCUCCACAUCCAGUCUGAGACGACAUGCCCGCGAGAAACACAAAGCCAUGAUUCGCUUCCGGUGCCAGUUCUGUAGAGGCAGCAAGAAAACAUUCAGCACCAGAGCAAUGUUGGACAAACACAUCCAGCUUCAACACAGCACUGAAGCCAUGAGCCAGGAGGGAGCCACAGAUGAGGCUGACAGCGCAUCAGAAAAUGAUGGUGCUGUGCUGACUCGUCGUAGACGCCGAGGGGCUGCCAAGCCAGAGCAUGAUGAAGAGUCCAUUCCUGUGAAAAGGUUACGCUCUGCUGUUGCCCCCUACUGCCCCCCCGAGUCCGGGUUCCGCUGCGCCCCCUGUGGCUUCACUACGGAAGAUCAGGCCACGUUCCAGACGCACAUCAGCCAGCAUCGAGUGGCGGCGGAAGGCGGCGGGCAGCAAUGCACUCACUGUGGGGCCUGCUUCACUUCAGCCAACUCAUUGGCACGCCACCUCUUUAUCACCCACAAGGUCCGAGAUGCAUUCAGUUACCAACACCAAGGACAAACCGUGAGUGGGCCGUCAUCUCCUGUUAACAGCAAGAAGCCAGAUGAGAAUUUUCUUGGAUGUCCUGUCUCACCCUCUUCUCAAACCCAAGCCAAGGACGACGACGACACAUUGAAUUGUAAAGUGUGCGGCAAACACUUUGACAAGGCCACGGAUCUGAACACGCACUUCAGAACUCAUGGCAUGGCUUUUAUCAAUGCAAGAAACCCGGGAAAACCAACCUAGGAAGUGAAUAGACUGUCACAAGGUGCCUUAUGAUCAUCUUCAGGAUUUUUGGUUCAGCACACCGACGGCCAAAUUGCAAAACCUCAUCUUAAAUCUGAUCUGAUGCACAUAGCAAGAGUUGUCCCCCAAAAUUUUCCCAGCAAACCGUAUGGAGCUCAUGCACCGACGUCAUAAAAUCACGUGACUUUUGUUUACCUCGCCAUAUUGCCGGUCAAGCUAAGCAUUGCUCAAUGCUAAGUCGGUUGGAAACGACACGUAAAUAUGUUUUGUAGCACGACGCCCAGAGUCUUGUCCGAUACCGUCAGACAUUUAGAAGGUGAAAAUAAACGACGGUACGUGAAAAUGUUAGAAAAACUCGGCAUAGAGGACCAGCAUUUAAUGCCGAAAUUGAUGUUUUUUCCGAUAAGAAAUUAGACUGUUCAUUCACUUCUGCUUAUCUUGGACAAUUGAAUAUACACAUGGAUCCGGUGAGUAAAUCGUCAAGAUUCACGCGGAAAAGUUUAAAAGCGUAUAAAAGUUUGGACGCAUACGAAUACUUUGUUGCUGGAUCUGUUUCCAUCAGGAAUAAAUCCCACAUAGUGACGGUUUUGACGGUUCGUGAACGCGGAAGUGUGUUUUGCGACACAUUAACCUUUGCUGGAAUCUAUUUUGCGACACAUUAACCUUUGCUGGAAUCUAUUGAUCCUUUCAGAUAGUAUUCAAUAUAAAUACCCAUAUUUACACAUACUUGCAUUCAUUAACUAUGAUAGGGAAAAAAAAGAAAGGACGGAGUCGUCUCCAAGGAAUGUACAUGGAAGCGAUUGCGGUCACACUUAAACUCCAUAAACUUCUGCGACAGACAAGGUUUUUUUUAAACACGCAUUGUUCUCAAAUGAGCCAAUUUGGCAUUAUAAAUACUUUUUGGUAAUUUGACAUUGAGAAGAAUAAUUCCUACCUGAAAUGAAGCGAUCGCUACACAGGCGUGUGUGUAAUUUGGUUGUGCACCAUCCAUAAUGUUUAAUUGCCGAAAUCCAUCAAUCUUUUCUGGUCUUUUCAGCAGGUAUACCAUAGAAUUAGGUCUUUGAAUAUCUGUCUCGUCUGUUGGGGCAACCAACAGCACAACAGGUCUCGGUUAUUGUAAAUAUUUUCCUCCGGUACAAUGUCGAGCAGCUCUUUUUGACCGGCAAUAUGGUGCCGUGAAAAUGGUGACGUCAUGUGCACGAGCUCUAUUGGAGGGUUAGGUCAGGUGAUUUUUCUGUCACAGCAGAGUGGGAUUUUCCUAUAGACAGAUGGAAGGCUUUGCCUUUUGGGCAUCGGCAUGGAUUUUGACCAAAUUUUGCACAAAUAGUUGUCAGUGGGAUCAUAACACAAAGAUGAUUCUCAUAAGCCUUAGCCUUCUAAUUGUGACACUCAGGAUAUCAAAUACAGUGGAACCUCCAAUGUUGAAAAACAAUACAAUCUAUGAAGCAGGUCGAUUUCCUAUUUUUCAUUUUUAAACCAAUUUAAACAGGGGGUUUUGAGUUUGCCUUUCCAAUGACAAAUUUGUACACAAGCCACAGCGUCGUUAUAAUUACAGAAUAUAUUUGUAUAAAAAUCACUGAGAGUGUAAAUACGAAACGCUCAAAUGAAAAACUAAGUAUGGUCGUCACUGAGCGUCCACUCUUGGGCUCAGAGUGACGACAUAUUUUUAUGCAAGACUAUUGGUCUGCCGACUCCUCUGACUCCAGUAAUUAGUUGCGUGGUCAGAUUGACACCAUCAUAAAACCUCAUUUAACUGUACUCACAAUCUUUUAAUGAAUAUUUUUAACAGGUAAUCACUGUAAAAUGUUCGUAAAAUUAAGUCAAACUCCUGAGAGUAUGGGGUACCGAAUCCCCUCAUACGGGGUGGCAGAGUUUGCUCCGCAUUGCCAUCAAUAAAUCGUAUUCGAUUCCGGUUGGGGUUGGACUCUGCCAAGGCUGCCAUUCUGUCACCGAUUCUGUUCAUAACUUUUGUGGGCAGAAUUUCAAGGCGCAGCCCAGGCAUGGAGGGUUUACGGUUUGGUGGUCACAGUAUUGUGGUUCUGUUUGCAACAUGAAGCUAUGAUCUCCAGCUCUCACUGAAUCACUUUGCAAACGAGUAGUUAAGAUAAAAAUCAGCACCUCCAUAUCUGAGAACAUUGUCGUCAGUCGGAAAAGGGUGGAUCGGUGCACCUUCUGCAGUGAUGCAGACUUUGUAUCGGUUCAUUAUAGUGAAGAAAGAGCUAAGCUGAAAGUCAAAGCUCUUUAUUUCCUGGUCGAUCUACAUUCCUGUUUCCACUUAUGGCCACGUGCUGUGGGUUGUCACCAAAAGGAAAAAGACCCCCAGAUACAAGCGAAUGAAAAAUUUGUUUCUUCUGGAUGGUGUUCUGGCCUUCCCUGAGGGAGAGGGUGGCAAGUAAUUAAGGACUGUCUCAGAGUAGAACUGCUGCUCCUCCACGUUGAGAGAAGCCAGAUGAUGUGGUAUGACCAUCUGCCUUCUGGUGAGGUGCAUGUGCUACCGGGAGGAGACACCGGGGGACGACCUAGAAUACCUCUCCCGGGUGGCUCGGGAAUGCCUCAGAAGCACUGUAGAGAAGCUGGAUGAAGUGGCUGGGGAGAGGGAAGUCUGGGUGUCCCUACUGCCCCCACAGACCGACUUUGGAUAUGCACAAGAAAAUGGAUGGAUACAGUCAAAACAGUCAACGUAUAAUCAGAACCAGCUUUAUUGGCCAAGUAUGUAACAACUGCUUUGCCCCAUUGUUGGGACACCCGCACAUCCUGCUGGUCCAAUGAGUUAGUAAUUAGUGAUUAGUAAUAUAUACUGUAGACUACAGCAUGAUUCGUCACUUGAAACUGCUCCCUUUGGACUAUUGUCAUUGCACUGGUGUUUAACUGUGCACCACAAAUAGGUAAGGGCAUUCUGUAUAAGCUUAACUUAUUGUGGGGGGGUUGACGUACUCUGCUUUAAAUCUUAGAAGAUUGCAUCUUUGCACAACUGUGACUCUUAUAAGGAAUAGUUUCCUAGUCUUUGAAUGUCUAUUGUUCUUCUUUCUCAUUUGUUUGUUUGUUCUCAGUACGUAACAAGAAUGUCGGAGCAGGGUGGCACCGACAUCCGGAGACAAAUUCUUCGUGUGUUGUUACAUACUUGGCCAUUAAAUCUGGUUCUGGUUUUGAACACACAAAGAUUUUGUCUCCGUUAGUUGGAGCUGCCCUAGAACAAUAUACAUGUUGAGUAUAAGAGCAGACAGUCAAUUGAAAGACAAAGUAUAUAUUUUUUUUAACUCAAAGUUGUGCAAAGGAUGCAGUCCUCUAACAUUUAGAGCAGCAAGAGUGCCAAUUAGCGCAACAGUCCAGUGCAGUGACCAUUGUGCAAAUGGUGGAACGACGCCUGCCUAACGCAAUAAAGAGGAGGGAGGAAACCGUAUAUUCCAAGAACCCAACUUCCGUUCCUAGGCCACUUUGUUUUUGAUAGUAUGCCAUGAAGCAUUCUCUCUCACUCUCGCUCGCUCUCUCAUAGUUGUCAUAGCGCACAUCUGGUUGUGGUCAUAGAGGUCUUGGGACAGGCGCUUCUGUCUCACAAGACAUGUGGUGAACUUGUAGAUGAUGUCAGCCUGUUCCGAGUGCUGGCUUGUUGACUUGUUUCAAACUUUGGGCCACAGCCAAGCCAAACAUUUUGAGAGGUACUGUUUUUUUUUCUCUCCCCCCCUUCAUCAGGCUACAGUCUCUCUUGUAGACCAGCCAGGAAUUAGAGAUGCACAGGUCUCGGGUGUACCCAAACAGCGGGAAGUACCAACAUUGUGACUUGGCAGGGGUCUUUUACAGUUGAACAAGCAAUUCAGAAAGAUCAAUCCCACCCAUAUGCUGAUAUUAGGCAGCAAUGAGGGAUGGACACUGGUCACCAAUCUUUGGUUUCUCCUCUUUGCUCCACCGGUAGACAGUUCUCAGACGCAUGAUCCCACCCACAGGCAUUUCUCAAGAGGGUGACACAUUUGUUGUUAUACCAUUUGACUGCAAGUAUCCCAUCAUCAUCAUCUGCUGUAAGUCUGUUGUCCAGACACCGCUGGGUGGGACUUCCUCCCUAUGGCUAGUCCCUACUGUGCCUGGUCUGUGGCCAGCGUUGGGCUGACGGCAACCAACUUCAGGUCUCGUCGGACCAUCUCCUGCCAGAUCUUUCGCGGCCUGCCACGUUGGCCAGGGCCAGCGGCUGUCAUCGCCGCACAUGGCCGUACCACCUCUGACGCGAUCUCCUCACCGAUUGCUUCCACUCCCAGACUGCUUUGCAACUCUUUGCUUUUCUCAUUUUCAUCUUUUUCAACUUUACCUUUGAAAUUGCAGCCACAAAUUGUCCACAUCUCUGGAGUGAUUUUUCUUUUGAAAACUUUUUAAGAGCAGGAUGAGUGAAAAAUUCUACUGCCCAAAAAUAGUGUCAUCUAUUGGAUUUUGUAUGCAUAGCACGACUAAACCAUGUUGUACAGACAACCAAAUCAGGUUGAGUUCAGUUCAACAGAUUAUCUAAUAAAAUAUAGUGACUCGAAAUGGGAUGUACCAAAUGGUCGAACAGAAUAUUCAUUAAUGCAGAGAAAUGUUGCACAUACACUGGACCCCCUACUAACACUGUAGACCUCCCCAAAAUGGUUUAUACUUUACAGUGAAUGUCACAGGAGACCAGCAAAGAGCUACUUUUGUCUCCUAAUUGUCGCGUUCCCUCUGGUGCUGUGCCAUUUUUGCCUUUGUCGAGGUCAUUGUGUUGUACUGGGCAGCCAGGACAGUGACACAUCACAGAAAAGCCAAAGAAAAAGCUUCAUAUUGUACUUUGGAGGUUCCACUGUUGUUAGAAAGGAGCCUGACAAACUCCUCUGUUUAUCCUCAGUUGAAAGUAAAACUGAACUAAACAUAUUUGGAAAAAAAGGGAUCGUCUUUCUGCAAGUAUACUCGGACAGUUUGCCAACCUUUAUUGAGCCAAAGCACACGUUCUACAUUUCUGGAAAAAUCUUACGGCACACCAAAGUGUCACAAAGAAUGUCUCCUCUGAAUAUACUGUACACUGAAAUAUUGAUCUCAUCUUAAUUUACUCCCAAAUGCAAUUUUUCUGUCAUUACUCAUUGCUGGCAUAGCUAGACGAACAAAGUUAUAUUCUUUGUAGUAAAUGAGUAAUAAUUUGCAGACCAAUGAAGUGAAAUUGGAUCGUUUCCUAUGACAUACUUGUGGUUCGGAGUCACAGCACUUUUGUCAAUUUUACAUUGUUGAUUCAGAACAGUUUUGAAUAGUCUUUUAUCACUUGUAUGUAAACCGAUUCCAUCUCAAAACCUUCCCAAGUUAUAGUGACUUAUUUCUUGUGAAUUUUGUUGAAAAUGUUUGCUUAUGACUGUUGGUUUGAAAUAGCUGUUUUUAUCUUUCAAACUGCAAGUGAUUGUAAUCAGUUGCCAGCUGGCCUUCAGUAAAACGUUUUUAUUUGUUUGUCUAACUCAUCCUUUAAGGCAUAGUGUUAUUGUAAUUGUUAGCGUCGCUUCUGUUUACAGUCUCAGGUGAGCAUUAAAUGCUUUGGCAAGGUUUUAAUCAACAUGGUCAAAUGUUUAUGGAGAAAUAUAAAUAAAAAUGUGAUACAUUGUUACCAGAUUCAUUUGUCAUUUUAACUUGUGUCCUUCAGUUACACGACAGAUCAUAGGUUUGGGGUCACCCAGACAAUUUUAUUUUCAAUGAAAAAUUCAAAUUUCGGGGGGUUGCCUCAGUAUUUUUUGUUGUUGUAAAGAAACACUAUUUUGCUCCUAUAAUCCUAUUUUAAUAGAUAAAACAAUCAUAACAUUGAGCUAAAAUGUGAAAAAUGUAUUCUGAAUGCAUGUGUACAUGUUGUAUCACAUUAUAAAGUGUAAUUAACCACAUUAUAAUGUGAAACAUAUCACAUUGUAAUGUGGUAGCAACAUUUUUUUGUCUGUGUGUGGCAGCAAUACGCUUCCGUACACGUGUAUACUGUAUAUUUGUAUUUAAAAAUGUGCUUUUCUUUGAAACAUUUCUAAGUGACCCCAAACCCCAAACUUUUGAGUCUAGGCAAAAAGGGGUUCACGACUCUGGCGCAACCAGCAGGAGUGUUCUUGAUUGACUCAACUACUGGCAGUUUGUUGUCAAAAUAAGCAAAGCAUGCGAUCGCCACGAACGCAACUGAAACAAUGACAGAAGCUGUAUGGAUGUCUUAACACAUUUUGACCCAUUAAUGGAUGUUUUCUG